UUGAUCUCGGCUGGCCUACUUAACAGCAAAACAAGUAGGUGUUUACUGAAGUUGUGUUAUAAAACAGUCACUGGGCACCGACAUUUAAAAAACAAAACAAAACUGGACAAUGGUCUCCGGCGGUGCAAUUCAGAUACCGAGCCGUCUCCCGUUGCUGCUGACCCACGAAGGAGUUCUUCUCCCGGGCUCCACGGUCAGGUUCAGCGUGGACUCCCCACGGAACAUGCACCUUGUCCGAGAGCGGCUGCUGAAGGGGACUUCGCUGAAAAGCACCAUCAUAGGGGUGAUUCCUAACACCAGAGACCCGGAGCACGACACCGACGACCUCCCCACGUUGCACAAAAUUGGUACAGCAGGGAUUGCAGUGCAGGUAGUGGGCAGUAACUGGCCCAAACCUCACUAUACCCUCCUCAUCACUGGACUGUGCCGAUUCAGUGUAUCGAGUCUGUUAAAAGAGCGACCCUUUGUCCUGGCAGAGGUGAAGCAGUUAGAUCAGUUGGAGCGGUAUACGACCCCACAAAGAGAUGCCACCGCAACAGAUGAUGGAGAGCUGGGGGAGCUGUCGGAGAAGUUCUAUCAGGCUGCUGUACAGUUGUUAGGUAUGUUAGACAUGUCUGUUCCAGUCGUGGCCAAGUUCAGGCGCCUCUUGGACAGUCUGCCGAGGGAAACUCUACCUGACGUUGUUGCCUCGAUGAUCCGCACCUCAAACAAGGAGAAACUCCAGGUCCUGGAUGCAUUGAGUUUGGAAGAGCGCUUUAAGAAGGCCCUGCCCAUGCUGACCAGACAGAUGGAGGGACUAAAACUGCUGCAGAAAACCAGGAAGACGAGUCCUGAUAAUGAGAAGAGGGUGUUGGUGCGGAAAGGUACAGUGUUCCCAGGUCGACAGUUCAAUCUGGAUGAGGAGGAUGAAGAUGAUGAUGGUGAUGACACAGCAGCCUUGGAGAGGAAGGUUCAUGGGGCGAACAUGCCUGAAGCUGCCCUCAAAAUUUGCCUGAAAGAACUCAAAAGAUUGAAGAAGAUGCCUCAGUCAAUGCCUGAGUAUGCCCUGACCAGAAACUACUUGGACCUGAUGGUGGAGUUGCCAUGGAGCAAAAGCACCAAAGACUGCCUGGACAUCCGAGCUGCACGUACCCUAUUGGACAACGAUCACUACGCCAUGAACAAGCUGAAGAGACGCGUCUUGGAGUAUUUAGCUGUCAGGCAGCUGAAGACAUCACUCAAGGGCCCCAUCUUAUGUUUUGUGGGCCCUCCUGGAGUCGGUAAGACGAGUGUAGGACGCUCGAUUGCCCGAACUCUGGGCAGAGAAUUUCACCGAAUUGCUUUGGGAGGCGUCUGUGACCAGUCUGACAUCCGAGGACACAGGCGUACAUAUGUAGGGAGCAUGCCCGGCCGCAUUAUCAAUGGUUUGAAAACAGUGGGCGUCAAUAAUCCCGUCUUCCUUCUGGAUGAGGUGGACAAGCUGGGGAAGAGCCUGCAAGGGGACCCUGCAGCUGCUCUGCUGGAGGUCCUGGACCCAGAGCAGAACCACGGCUUCACAGACCAUUACCUGAAUGUGGCCUUUGACCUCUCACAAGUGCUCUUCAUCGCUACAGCAAACACUACAGCGACCAUUCCCCCGGCCCUGCUUGACAGGAUGGAGGUGCUGGAGGUACCAGGCUACACCCAGGAGGAGAAGGUGGAGAUUGCUCACCGCCACCUGAUUCCAAACCAGCUGGAGCAGCAUGGGUUAACCCCUCAACAGCUGCAUAUACCUCAGAGCACCACACCGGACAUAAUCAGCAGGUACACCCGAGAAGCAGGUGUGCGCUCACUAGAAAGGAAGAUCGGGGCGAUCUGCCGAGCUGUAGCUGUCAAGGUUGCCGAGGGUCACACACUUACCAAGACAGAAACUUUGACCCCUGAAAACUCAAAACAGCAUGGAGACAAGGCAGCACCUCCAGAGUUGCCCAUAGUGAUUGAUCAUAUCGCACUGAAAGACAUCCUGGGGCCUCCAGUGUUUGAAAUGGAGGUCUCUGAGCGGCUCACCCUGCCUGGUGUAGCUCUCGGCCUGGCCUGGACGCCGCUUGGUGGGGAGAUCAUGUUUGUGGAGGCCAGUCGGAUGGAGGGAGAAGGUCAGCUCACUCUCACGGGUCAGCUGGGAGACGUUAUGAAAGAAUCUGCCCACUUGGCCAUCAGCUGGCUCAGAGCGAAUGCUAAAACCUACCAGCUCACAAACAUGGUGGGGGGUUCAGAUCCUUUAGAGGGGACAGACAUCCACCUCCACUUCCCCGCUGGAGCCGUCACCAAAGAUGGCCCCUCUGCUGGUGUUACAAUCGUCACCUGCCUGGCUUCACUGUUUAGCGGCCGACUGGUCAGAUCAGACGUCGCCAUGACUGGAGAGAUCACGUUAAGAGGGCUUGUGCUGCCAGUGGGCGGGAUUAAGGACAAGGUGCUGGCUGCACACAGGGCAGGAGUGAAGCGCGUCAUCCUCCCGAAACGCAACGAGAAAGACCUGGAGGAGCUUCCAGCAAACGUCAGAGCCAACCUCGACUUUAUCACAGCCACAAACCUGGACGAGGUGCUCAACGCCUCUUUCGAUGGAGGGUUUCCGGGAGUAAGCAGCACGCGUGCACACCCUCAGCUCACCAGCAAACUGUAACACACUGCUCAAAACACAUUAACAAUGUAAGGCAUCUGUGAUCUUGGAUAAUUAAGCCGUUUUUUGAUCCUUAGAAGAGCUGUAAAGUCUUUUUGCAGAUGAUUUAUUCAGUAUUACAAAGCUAACUUGAAGUUGAAGAUGGAGCUGGGAUACAGGAGAAUUCAGUUUACAAAAUCCCCAGCUCCUCUUUGCUAAUAGCACUGUGCAGCCAGCUCAGAAAUAACUGCUAAAUAUCAUCAUAGUGGGGCUUUGUUUUUCAUUUCAACUGAAAAGCUGCUUAUUUCUUUUACCUUGUAUUAGUAGCCUGGCUAUGUCUUCCGAAGCAGGGGGACUAGUGAGUGAUACAUGCCUUAAAGAUUUAUACAGGUUGAAUUUGUGCGCUGAAAAAGCCCAAAUGUGCAUGAAGAGUGCUGCUAAGGGAAAGAAAUUGAUUGAUGUUUGUUUAUGUAAAUUGUUCUCCUUAAUCACAUAUUUUAUUUCACUCUAGUUGGAUUUUUAUCAGUGGAUCUUUCACAUCCACAAUAAAAUUUUAUUUAGCUGCACUGAUGGUGAUGAAUAUAUUCUGUGAUUAAAAACUGUAAAGAUG